AUUCAUUGUCCACGUGCGUGUGCACGUAGCCGUUCUGGCUUGACACUCGUCAUUGUUGGCCCCCAGCGCGGGGCGGACGGGCAUCGCAUCCAUGCCGAAGCGAGAGAAGGGGACGCCGCCGGGAAAGGCCGAGGCGGACAGCCCCGUCGACCCCUCGCACGAAGAGCGCAAGCGGAAGCCGGCGACGGCGGCCGCGGAGGAGCCCGCUGCCGCUGCGGCCGCCGACGCGCCACUCGAGCAGCACGGGCGCAGGCCGCGCGCCAAGAAGCAGCGCAGGCAGGCCGCGGAGGAGGGCGCCGAGGAGGCUGCCGGCGAGCUGGCCUCGGGGGCAGCGGGCGAGCGUGAGAAGGAGGCGGCCGAGAGCGCCCCCUGCGCCCGCGGCCCGGCACCCGAGGCGGUGGCCGGGGCGGGCCGAGCGCCACGGAGCAAGAGGAAGGAGAAGGCUGCCCGCAGGCGGGAGGAGCUGGCCGCGAAGGCGGCGAAGAACCAGGCCCUCAAGAAGCAGGGGAAGCUGACGAGAAAGGAAAAGUACCUCGCCGCGAAGGCCGCGAAGAAGGCGCAGCAGCUGCCGACUCCGGGAGGGACGGGCAAGGCCUUCGACCUCGAGGCCUCUCUCGCGGCAGCCGGGCUGGAGAAGCUGGACCCGAGGGCCACCAGUUGCUUCCUGACUGGCCUCCCGUACAUGGCCACGCAGAGCCACGUCACGGAUCACUUUGCCGCCGUCGGGCCCUGCACAGUGCAGCUUCGGUACGACGCGGGGGCCUCCAGGUCAAACGGCACAGGGUUCGUGACCUUCAAGCUCGCUGAGCAUGCCUUGCGAGCGUGUGGGUAUACUGGCAGCAAGAUCCAGGGCCGUUGGAUCAAGGUCCGCUUGUGUGAGCCCAGGGGAAGUGAAACAUCGACCGGACCCGACAAGCCCGAGGAGAAGCCGGAGGGGUGUCUGAACAUUGUGAUCAAAUACGAUAAGUCUGUCUCAGAGGAGGAGUUGUGGGCGUUCUUCGAAGAGUGCGAAGCUGUGAACAUUAGCUGCCUGCAGGACAGGGGCACAGGCGAACCACGAGGUAUUGCCUUCGUAGACUUCGAGGACUCUGCCAUGGUUGACAAAGCUAUCGGGAAGAAUGGGCAGAGCAUCAGAGGGCUUCCUGUCUCCGUGCGGUACAAGAGGGACUCGCCUGCCGCGGCGGCCUCUAACCAGGCCUCCGGGGGCAGGACGGCGGCGCACAACCGGGCGCCGCCGGUGCCGCCGCCCGCGGGCACCGCGACCAAGUUCGACGAUUCGGGCUCCGACGCCGACGGACUCGCCCGUGGUGCGCCGCUUGUUCGGCCAGAACGCCUCGCCGACCGGGCGUCUUCUGGAUGCAGGCUCUCACCCCCGGCGCUGGUUCACGCCUUCCUCGACGGCCCGCGUGCACAUGUGGAAGUGGUUACGCGGCACCGUGCCUGACGACCGCGGCGGGGUGCUGGUUCUGCAUUCGGCACAUGUAGACCCAACGCCGAGGACAGGUAUGUCUGGAGUGAUGCUACUGCAAUGUGGGCGCCAUCGAACACACCGCCAUUUUGGCCCGGUGGCUGUCUUCGCCUGUUUCGUCUGAGCUGCGGUUGAGCUUGCCCCGCCGCUUAGUUUGCAUGUCUUGCCGCCGCUUGUUGGCUGCAGGCGCUCGAUCCCGCUUUAGGCCGUAGUAAUUAAGUCUUUGCUAUUCGGCAAUCCCCUGACCGUGCGCGG